AUGGCCAAUCCCAGUUGUAGAGGCUCUACUGCUGGUCUGCUUGCGAAACGUCCUGGGAACGAGACUUACGGUCUGUAUUCUGGCUACCCUGGGAACGAGACUUACGGUCUGUAUUCUGGCCAUCCUGGGAACGAGACUUACGGUCUGUAUUCUGGCCACCCUGGGAACGAGACGUACGGUCUGUAUUCUGGCCACCCUGGGAACGAGACUUAUGGUCAGUAUUCUGGCCACCCUGGGAACGAGACUUACGGUCUGUAUUCUGGCCACCCUAGGAACGAGACUUACGGUCUGUAUUCUGGCCACCCUGGGAACGAGACUGGAGGUCUGUAUUCUGGCCACCCUGGGAACGAGACUUACGGUCUGUAUUCUGGCCACCCUGGGAACGAGACUGGAGGUCUGUAUUCUGGCCACCCUGGGAACGAGACUUACGGUCUGUAUUCUGGCGACCCUGGGAACGAGACUUACGGUCUGUAUUCUGGCCACCCUAGGAACGAGACUUACGGUCUGUAUUCUGGCCACCCUGGGAACGAGACUUACGGUCUGUAUUCUGGCCACCCUGGGAACGGGACUCAAGGUCUGUAUUCUGGCCACCCUGGAAACGAGACUGGAGGUCUGUAUUUUGGCCACCCUGCGAACGAGAAUGAGGGUCUGUACUCUGGCCAUUUUGGGAACGAGAAUGAGGGUCUGUAUUAUCUAAAACCCUACAUGUGUGGGGUAUGUGGGUACAGGACAGCACAGAAGUCAGACCUGUCCGAACAUGUGACAGCUCAUAAUCUCUUCAAGUGUGACCUGUGUGACUUUUUUGCUGCAGAAAAAUCCACUUUGGACCUACACCUAACAUAUCACACAGGAGAGAAACCCUACAUGUGUGGGGAGAGUGGGUACCGGACAGUAAAGAAGUCUCACCUAUCCCAACAUAUGAGAAUCCACACAGGAGAAAACCCCCACAUGUGUGACCAAUGUGACUAUUCUGCAAAACCCUACAUGUGUGGGGAGUGUGGGUACAGGGCAGGGCUGAAGUCAUGCCUUACCAAACAUAUGAAAAUUCAUUCAGGUGAAAAACCAUACAAGUGUGACCAGUGUGACUAUUCUGCAGUACAGAAAACCUCUUUGGACUUUCAUCUAGCAAAAGACACUGGAGAGAAACCCUACAUCUGCGGGGAGUGUGGAUAUAGGGCAGGGCUGAAGUCUUCCCUCUUGAAACAUAUGAAAACUCAUUCAGGUGAAAAACCCUUUAAGUGUGACCAAUGUGACUAUUCUGCAUUACAAAAGUCAUCCCUCUCAGAUCAUGUAAGAACUCACACAGGAGAAAAGCCCUACAAGUGUGACCAGUGUGACUAUUCUGUAGCACACAAAUCCAAUUUGGCCCAACAUCUAUUGAAACACACCGGAGAGAAGCCCUACAUGUGUGGGGAGUGUGGAACCCACACAGGAGAAAAACCCAACAAGUGUGACAAGUGCGACUAUUCCACAAUACCGAAAUCCCAUUUGGAUCAACAUAUGAUGAAACACACCGGUGAGAAACCCUACAUGAGUGUGGGUACAGGGCGCAUGUAA